AAAGAAAUCAAGCAGAAAAAAACAACUUAACCGCGGAAAUUAAGGAAUUAAAAAGUAAUUUAGAGCAAAAAAACCAUGAAAAGGAACAAUUAAAAAAUGAUUUAGAAAAAUUGAACGAGGCUUAUUCGAAAGCCCAAACCCAAUUAGCGGAAAAGCAAGCCGAAGUCCGAAAAUUACAAGAAUUAUAUGGAAAAGACCAAACUACGAUUACCAAGCAGCGAGCAACUAUUCAAUUACAAGAGAAAGAAAAUAAGGCGUUAAAAGCCUUAAAUAAUCAAAUUAACCAGGAAAAAAAUACUCUCCAAACGCAAUUAGAUAAUCUUCAAGAGCAAUUAACCAGAAUUAACCACGAACACCAAAAUUGCUCGCCACAAAUCCACUCGCUCCAAACCCAACUAACCCAAAUAGAGCAAAAAAAUGCUAACUUAAAAAUUUGA